UCCAGUUAAAAUGUUCUGCCGGUCCGGAUUCGGACCGCGGUAUGCCUAUUGACUGACUACCCCUGCUGUAGGUUAAUUAAAUCAGCCCUUAGUUUAAUUUAUAAGCUGUAAAGACAAUGUAACGUAUUUUCUAUUGUUUUAUCACUCACAGGAGGUGUGCCAUUCAGUGCUUUGAUAUACUCCAGAAUGCCAUCUGCAAAAAUGUGUUAAGUCCAAGAACCGGUAAGAAACUGUUGGUGUCUCAGCAUUCAAAGCAGCUUCAAUACAGUCAGUGGACAGGCUGCCAACACGGGCAGCUGGUCUGCGUGUGGUUCCUGACAGCACAGCGGCGGCGGUCCUCAGUGCAGUGUCCAGGCUGCUUGUCCUGGCCUACAUCCCCAGUGAGGUGCUGCUGUGCUUUCUGGCCAGCUGCUGCUACAGCCUCCUGCACCUCCUACUGACCCUGGAGAAAAGCGCAGCUGAGGACAGCGUGCACAAGAGGUGACAGCGUUUAGCCACCAGUGUUAAGUAAUGAAAUAUUAAUACAUUUAAAAUUCCUAGUUUCACAUUUAGCCGCUGCCAAAACUAUAAAUGAAAAACCAUGCCCUGAAUAUUAACUAUUUUAAAAUCUCCAGUUUUGCAGUCUCUUAGCUUUCAAUCCAUGUUUGUAUGUGUAAAACUCGUUUCUGGAGUGGCAUCUCAAGUAUUGCGUGGGGACUGCAGUCUGGGAUCUCUUGAAUGGAGUCCGCACAGUGGAAUACAACAGCGUAAUGUUAUCUCAUGAGACCUCAUUUCAACAAAGGGAAAGAAGCAAGCUUAUAAUGUUUAUUUCUCCUUGUGAAUCGCUUGUGUUCCGUAUGAAGAAGUCACAUUGUUCUAAUUAAUGAAGAAGAACCCAUUGUGGGCAUGUGGCCGUGGGCUGUUUGAGAGUUGAUGGAGCAAGGGUGAAUUCAGUGCUGGAGAAGGUGAUCCGGGGUGCACUCUAUAUAUAAGAAACCCCUAAAGAUGCAUGACUACUCGGACAGUACAAUAAGGUCUUCAGAGACUUGACUUCUCAUGAAUAAGAGGUUUAUCUUUGUCAAUAGUGGUGUGUUUGUGUGUAGAAGUUUUGUGAAAGCUAGGUCAUGUGUUGUUUAGUUGAAAAUGUUCUCAUCAUUCAUUAACGAUUCGAAAGGGGUUAUCUGGGGUUCAUAUUGAUGUUAAGGGUUAAUUCCCACUCAAGCACACAGCUCAACCCUGGACUGGAUUAUUCUGAUUAAGUUAGUAGUGUAACAUUAUUCAACAGGGUCGGACAAAAAAAUAGAAACUUCCUAUACUGUAGGUAGGGCGUAGGUGCCGUCACUGAUUCCUGGUGUUUUUUAAUCGUUCUAGAGAUACAACCCACUAUUCCUCGCCAAUAACUGUUUCCUAAUACUUUGGGGAAGCAUGGAGAUCAGCAGGAAAGUCUGCAGAAUUCAUUGUAAUGCUCAGCCAUCACGAUCACACAAUAUGCUCUUCUGACCACUACUCUGCUUGGCUUGUGCCGUGCAGAUAUCAGGGUUGUGUCUGCUCCUCGUUGAGCAUCUGUAGUGGUUGUGGUCUUUUGAUAUGGAAGUAACUGUUAACGGAGAGCCUAUCAGUCAGGUCUGCUGUCUUACUUGCAACAUUUCUCAUAUAACACCUAAAUCAGUUAUAUGAGAAACAGUCCAACUAUGCGAUACAGUAUGUAUGUUGGAUUAUUGCAUUACUGGAAGUCUUGCACUGAUGAGCGUGCCCUGUGGCCCUUGAGCCCUUCAGAGCUGUGCUGUUCAGACUCUGCUGUCCAUUAAGGUUUGGUAGUGAGUCUUUGCAUUGUCUCAUAUAGGAGAAAUCCAGGUCACCUCCAUGGAUUUGAUUUGAUCCUCAGGGAGACAGGCUUGCCCACACAGGUGAAUCACAGCCACGCUGCGCUCCCCUUGACAGGUCAAACAUCCCCUGCUACACAGUCGCUGCCUUCCACAGCUAUGAGUCUGGUGCUGGGUAGGAAGCUAUUAAAAAGACAUGGCCUGCACAGCUGGCAGAAACAGCUGGUACACCUAGAAAGGAAGAGAGCGUGAUUCUUUCCAGAUACUGAGCUGAUACCUCACUGUGUUCAAGUACAGGAUUGGGUGUACUGCAGUGCUGCAGAAUAGCAGAUGUUUUUAUUGGCUAUUGUUCAUUGUGUUUUAAUGAAAACUGAGCAGUUCGGUAUGUGAUGAGAACUUUUACUGUAGGCAUCAGGGCGGCCUGACACAUUGAGCCACACAGUAUCUUCAGUGUCUGUUCCUUUUUGGAUACAGGAUCUCCCCCUCCCUUCCCUCUAGGCUCAGGCAGCUCUGCACAGUGGUGCGCAUUCACAGUGGGAUAGUACCCUGUCAUUGUUUCAGGAUGUGUCGGCUUAGGUAUGGAGUGUAAAAAUAGUCUGUAGUCAAACAAGAAGAACAGUUUAUCACACUUGGCUGCGGAUGAUUUAAAAUGGAAAUGUGGCAUAUGCUUUUUUUUUUUUUUUUGGUUCAGACUUUUUACUGUUAAAACUCUAGGGACCAUAUUUUCAAAGUGUUUUCUCCAUUCUUAGGAGAAAAAAAAAACAUGUUAAUGUUACAAAAUGAAAAACAAAACACAUUGAGAGGACUUAAGAGAUCUUUAAAUAUAUAACUUAGUUGUUUGGUUCGAUUUUUGUAAAAUCAAGAGUUAUUUUACCUCUUUACCUCAAAAAAUAAGAGUUCAUUAAAGACUGGAGUAAAAUAUAAGAACAUAAGAAAGUUUACAAACGAGAGGAGGCCAUUCGGCCCAUCUUGCUCGUUUGGUUGUUAGUAGCUUAUUGAUCCCAGAAUCUCAUCAAGCAGCUUCUUGAAGGAUCCCAGUGUGUCAGCUUCAACAACAUUACUGGGGAGUUGGUUCCAGACCCUCACAAUUCUCUGUGUAAAAAAGUGCCGCCUAUUUUCUGUUCUGAAUGCCCCUUUAUCUAAUCUCCAUUUGUGACCCCUGGUCCUUGUUUCUUUUUUCAGGUCGAAAAAGUCCCCUGGGUCGACAUUGUCAAUACCUUUUAAAAUUUUGAAUGCUUGAAUCAGAUUGCCUCGUAGUCUUCUUUGUUCAAGACUGAAUAGAUUUAAUUCUUUGAGCCUGUCUGCAUACGACGACGGUUUGAAAAUAUGUCCCUAGGUUUCAGCUGUGCUACAUCAUUAAUUUCAUUAAGAUCAUACAAUUGUAGCCAAUUUAACAAAUGCAUUCUGGGUAAUGUGUACUGUCUGAUUUACAGAAUUACAUUUCUUUAAAACAGCAUUAGUUAGUCAGUUUGACAGGUUAAAAGGGAAAGGAAACACAUCUUGUGCUGAAUCCAGUAGAGAGCCAUGAUGUUUUAUGGUGCCAACUAGUUAGAGCUGAGGGUGACACAUUUAACACCUUUGUUUACCAGUUGUUUUAGUGGUAGUGUUUAUUGAUGGCACAUGUUGGACACGCAACUCUGGUUAUGCAAAUAUGUGUGUGUGUGUGUGUGUGUGUGUGUGUGUGUGUGUGUGAUGUAUCUGUCAAAUGUAUUUGUUUUCUAAACUGCUUGUUUAACUGGCUAUGUGCUGUGCUGUGCUGGGGAGUGUGUUUGUGUGUGUGUGUGCUCUGAACCCUGUGUGUCUCUCUCUGUUGUUGGCUGGGAGGUGGUGUGGGGCUCUGAGCGGUGUCCCCUGUGUGCUCAGACUGAUGCUGCAGAGCCUGCGAGUGACGGACGCCUGUCAGGAGGAGCUGCCAGUUAUCGUUCAGAUCCUGCACCUGCUGCUGCAGCACGCCCAGCUCCGCAACCACAUGAUGACCAUCGCAGCGCUGCUGCAGCAGAUUGUCCAGGAGAUCACGAGGUUUUGUAGCACUGAAGCCCGGGACCAGUGGCUGGUGGACCUUCAUUACUGCUUCAACGUGUGCUUCUCCUCGCAGCCCAGAGGCCCUGCAGCCAUCCGGGAGAUCUACUGGUCAACCUCACCAGUAGAAUUGGAAAUCGUUACAAAACUAGCAACAGACAGCUAAGGCACUCCCUCAAUCCCUUACAUUAGUCUGAGUUGCUUGUUGCAAGUUUUGUAACAUCAGUUUUAUUCCUUUUCUAAAAAAAAUAAAUUGCAACGCAUGAGCCCCAUGUUGCCGGGUUGCUGUGUUUUCAUUGUGUGGUUAUACAGUUUGCUUUCUGCUGUUUUUCUUUUAAAUUGGUGCCAAAUGUUAGAAGGGUAGUUUUUUUUUUCUUGGGAUGCUGUGCCACUAGAGGGUGGAUGAUAAACUGUACCAGGAUGAGCCCAAGCUGUUUUAUUCUUCAACAUUUAAACCCCUGGUUUGUCAUGGCAGAAUGUGCACCUCUGCGGGACAGUGCUAAGACAAAAAAUUCAAACAAAGAAUUGCUUUACAUGGAUUUGGAGGCUAAAAUGUAUGUUCGCUAGAAUCGAAAAACUUAAGCAUGAGUGUAAAUGAUAAACACUUUAUUCAUCCGUGUUAUCCAUGGAAGACAUCUAAAAAUCUGAGUUCAAACUUCUGCCGUUUUCUCCCAUGGAACCCAUUUUUAGGUCAGGUUUUCCUGCCAAGUUUGAAGUACAAUACUACAUUAUUUCUAUGAAAGGCAUACUGUUAACUAUCAGUUUUGUGUACAGUAUAAAAAAACACUGAGUGACAGUCACCCUGUGUAUACCAAAAAAAAAAAUGUUAACCAUCGUGCAACAAGGCUCCCAGCCAACUGGUUUUAUAUGUGUAAUGUAUUAAAUAAAACACAUUGUACUUUUCAGU